UCUUAUCAACAAAACGUGCUACGGGUCAAGAAUUCGCCAUAAGCAUUGUGUAACCUAUUUAUUUCUGCAAAUUCCAUUGAAAGGAAAUGUUUGAAUGUGAAGAAUUUUCUUUAAUUUCGAAUACCAGCUCAACACUUCACCGAAAAAUACGGUUAAAAGGAUGGGUAACCUCACUUUCUUGGUGUUUUUUAUUGAUCUGUGUUCCGCAUGGAAAAUAUUUCAUUUUAUUCAUUUUCUAGUGGGAUAACUUAGAAAAUUGUAAAUAGACGUUGAGUUAAUCCUUAUUAAAUUAUGCUUUAUAAAAAACUUAUAACAUGUACGUUUAGUAGGCAAUUCAGCUCGGAUAUAUUGAGAAGUAUAGGAAAAGCAGCUGAAAUCAUAGAUGGGAAGAAGAUUGCAGGCGAAAUCAAGAAAGAAUUAAAAAGGGACAUCGAAGAAUGGGUACAAAACAACAAUAACAGGGCACCUAGUUUGGUUGCAAUACUAGUAGGUGAAGAUCCUGCUAGCAAAAAAUAUGUGCAAUUCAAAAUGCAAGCGGCCAAAGAAGUUGGCAUCAACAGUUCCACAAUCAAACUAGAAUCUUCAGUGAGUGAAAAUGAUCUACUAGACCUCAUCGAUAAACUGAAUAAGGAUGACAAUUGUGACGGAAUACUUGUACAGUUGCCUGUACCAGAUCAUGUUUCUGAAAGAAAAGUGUGCAAUGCAGUAGAUCCAAGAAAGGAUGUUGACGGUUUUCAUAUACACAAUAUUGGGAGGCUGUGUAGUAAUGUUGAAACAUUUGUUCCUUGUACCGCGCUGGCAGUGGUAGAGUUGCUCAAAAGGUCAAAAAUUGAUACGUUUGGAAAAAACGUAGUAGUUUGUGGUAGAUCAAAAAAUGUUGGACUUCCAAUGGCUAUGCUGUUGCAUUCCGACUACAGGAAUGAACUUCCUGGUUUGGAAGCCACAGUGACACUUUGUCACAGGAAUACACCACCUGAAGAACUGAUUCAUUUCACAAAAAGGGCAGAUGUCAUUAUCAGCGCAACAGGUGUUGUGAAUCUGAUCAGAGCAAAUAUGGUCAAACCUGGUGCCUGUGUGAUAGAUGUUGGCAUCACCAGAAUAGAGACUGAAGAUGGGAAAACAAAAAUUGUGGGAGACGUUGAUUUUGAAGAGGUAGAGAAAGUUGCUGGAUAUAUCACCCCAGUUCCAGGAGGUGUUGGUCCAAUGACAGUCGCAAUGUUGAUGAAGAAUACUUUUCAAGCUGCAAAAGCAUUCAAAGUAACGACAUAAAAAUUUAUGAAAAAUUUUAACAACUUAUGAUUUUUUAACCUUGAAAGUAUUAUGAUUUAUUAAGAUGUACUUAUGUCGGCAAUAAACAAGAUGUUUUUAUA